UCAAGUUAGGCAUCCGGAUUCUGCAUCAGCAUUUGGAUAUGUUUCUCGUUCUUUCCCCUCAGCUUGCCUAGUAAACCACUCGAAUUCGCUACGCAAGCUUUGACAGGUAGUUCGGAAGUCUCUUCGCUUCACUUUCUUCGUUUGUCACAUCAUGGCCCGCGGCUUCAAAUCCCCCGCUGCUCAAGUACCACUGCCUAAAGUGUCAUUUAUUAUAGUCCAGGAUGAUGAUAUCAAUCAACCUGCUGGGGUGCACGACCUACAAGCUAGAUCCUACGGAUACAACGACUUCACCGAAUUCCUGAGGCCGGAUCAUUACAUUCGGUAUAUUGAGCCCCUUGAGAAAGACCUCGCUAUUCAGGUUGAAUAUGACAUGGAUGACCAAGAUCAGGAAUGGCUUGACGCAGUGAACGUUGAAAGGAAGAAGGAUCAACUGAAUGCGGUCACGUACGAGACGUUUGAGAUUAUCAUGGAUCGCCUGGAGAAAGAGUACUUCGACUUGACCAAGAAUAUACCUAAAUCUGAUUAUGCCAUGCCUUCUGAGGAUUCAACUUGCGCUAUUUGUGACGAUUCCGAGGGAGAAAACAGUAAUGCUAUUGUAUUUUGUGACGGUUGCAACCUCGCUGUUCAUCAGGACUGCUAUGGAGUGCCAUACAUACCUGAAGGGCAGUGGUUAUGUCGCAAGUGCACUGUCUCGCCGGAGAAUCCAGUGUCAUGCAUCUUAUGCCCGAACGAGGGGGGAGCGUUCAAACAAACAGUCUUCGGUGACUGGGCUCAUCUUCUGUGUGCCAUUUGGAUACCUGAGACGCGAGUGGCAAAUGAGGUAUUCAUGGAGCCUAUCACUGGAUCCGACAAAAUCCCGAAGCAACGCUGGAAAUUGAAAUGCUCAAUAUGCGGAAUUCGCGAGGGUGCAUGCAUUCAAUGCACGAAGAACUCAUGCUUCCUGGCCUUUCAUACAACAUGUGCUCGUAAGGAAAGGUUACUCAUGCCAAUGAAGAGCUCGCAGGGAUCUGAGCCUGGGACACUGGCGUGCUAUUGUGAGAAGCAUCUUCCUAAAGAGCAGCAAGACGCUCGCCUCAAAGCCCUUGCACAAGAUGGCCAGAUGACUAGCCCCAACUCUAAGCUGUCUAAAUCUGCCCGUGCAUAUGCCAAAACUUACAAGACCGGUCCACCGCUUGUGCCACACAUCAUUGUUGAUCGAAUCCUGAACUACAUCACCAAGGUAAAUGUGCGCAAGAAAAACGAGUUUGUGUACAUGGUGUGUAAAUACUGGAGCUUGAAGCGUGAGGCCAGGAGAGGGGCACCACUCUUGAAGAGACUGCAUCUGGAACCAUGGACAGCCUCAAACGCAGGAAAAGUACAGACGGAAGAAGAAAAGACUGUGAAGCUAGAGCAUUUGAAACGUCUACGCAGCGAUCUCGAGUCUGUCCGUGAAUUGACGUUACAAACGCGCAGGCGAGAGAGCCGGAAGCUUGCUCAGACUGAGAGCGUCCAGAAAGUGCUUGAGAUUGCACUCUUUCCUCACGAAGCACUACUACGGCUUGCAUUUGAGAAGGUUCUUGCUCUUGAUCGCCACGGUCUCUUCAAGCAUCCGGUGUCGAGGACGGAGGUCCCCGACUACUACGACGUCGUGAAAAAGCCCAUGACCUGGGAUGCAAUUGACGCUAAGCUUGACCGUCACGAGUACUGGGACCUGGAGUGUUUCAAGAACGAUGUCGAGCUGGUGCUGUCUAAUGCAAUACUAUACAACAAGCCUGGUACAUCGUUCUACAAGACCGCACAAAGAAUGCAGAUAAGCAGUCAACCCAUCCUUCAAGAACUCACUUCCCUCGCUUACAAUCACACACCCCUCGCACCCCCCGAUCCUUCCGACUCCUCCGUUCUCUCCCAGAUGUCCAUUGGGGAUCUCGAACCUUUGAUGGAGACACUCCAGCUUCUAACGUCAACUCAAGACAUCCAAGACGAUAUUAAUCUUAUUCUUGAUGCCGAUCCCAUCUCAGCAUUAUUUAAUUUCGAACUUCCGCGCGUCAAGCCUCCACCGCCUCCAUCACCGCCUCCCGCUCCCGCUCUACCUCCCCCACUGCCUCCCAAGUCCAAAAAGAAGCGUCUCCUCAAGAUCAGCGAACCUGGUCCUCUGGAUGCUUCCCCAGGUUUUCGUGCCCCGCGAACCCGCCGAGCUCUUGCGGCAGCUGCAGCUUUCGAGGCCGAGGCCGGCUUCGAACCCGAAUAUCAAUCUACUGCCGAACCUGAACUCGAAGCAACUGAAGCCGAUCAAAAAGUAUCUGCUGAACCACCGAAGAAACGACGGAGGCACAGCGCAAUGCCUGGUCAAGCAGAAACGCCACCCAUGGUCACAGAUGUGGACAGUCAGGGACUAUUCAAAAUGUUCGAUGCGGGGUGGAUUCUACCGACGGGACAGCGAAGAGGUGGACGUCAGUUUGUGGAGAGGGCUCCGCUUCCACCGAAGAAAAAGAAGAUGGAUCGCGGGAUGUCGAGGCUGUCUGUAUUCAGCACCAACGCAUCGGAGAAUCAGACUCUAGACGAGAUUCCUGGGCCUUCUGGCUUGUCUGUGGAAGAGAAAGUCGAUAUGGAUGUCGAGCCUGGAGUAACGUCCGAGGCGAGUGCUGCUGCCAUUGACAUGGAUGCAAGGUCAGAGUUGGCCCUUGGCACCAAUGAGGAGACGGAGACAUCCAUGGUUAUCGAUAUUCCAGAGACGCACCAGGAGGAAGAAAUGGAGAGUCGACCGCAGCCAGAGCUCGAACCCGAACCUGAACCUGGACCUGAACCAGGACCUGAACCAGAGGUUCAACCACAGGAAGUACUCCAGCCGGAAGUGCUCCAGCCGGAAGUGCUCAAGCCGGAAGUGCUCAAGCCGGAGGCCACAGAGUUAGAGGAGGAAAGGGAGGAGACGCGAUCAGAGUUGGAGGCGCGGAUAGCCAAGAUCCCCAUUCGACCAAACGUGAAGAUCAAUGUCGAGAACGGAAAGAUUGUCGUGGAGGAACUAGACACGCCCAAACUUCGGCGGGAAAAAGCAAGGCAGCGGAAAGCAGAAAAGGCGGCGGCGGCAGCUGCUGCUGCCGCCGCUGCGCAAGGCAUUCCGCAAGCCAAAGCCGAGACCCCCAAACCCGAUGUCGGGACCACUCAAGAUGACGCAUCCGAUUUAUCUUCUCUAAGCGAGCUGGACAGUGAUACUGAUGAGAAGUCUGUGAAGAAGACUGCAUCCAAGACAAAACCUGAAGUACAAUCCACCACAACGCGUCAAGUGCAACGCGCGCCAGCCAUUCUUAUUACCUCAGGACCAGCGCUUGUUGUACUUGAACCGGGGAAACAGUUAGAAGGUGGCACUCUUGUUUGGGCUAAAGCAGACACGUAUCCAUGGUGGCCUGCAGUUGUGUGGGAACCAGAUGACCCAAAGAUUCCAGAAGACGUCAGGAAGAAGAAGCCUCGAGAUAAUUCGCGUCAUAUCGUACAAUUUUUUGACCCCACAUCGUCUUGGACAUGGGUUACCAUUGGUCAUAUGUUAUUAUUGGGAGAGGAUAAUGGGGUCGACGCUUCGCUACUUUCCCCAACUUCGACGGUCCAAAAGUGGAAAACACACAGGAUUAAGAAACAAUGUCGGGAAGCUUUCCAACGCGCCUUGGCAGAGAUGGAAACAGAUGCAGAUAAACUUGCUCAUGAAGCAGAAGAUCUUGCGACGGAGGUCACAAUUUCUGGUUCUUUAAAGGAGCAAAGUUCAGCCGAUGUCGAUACGGGUACGUCAGUUGAGCAAGGUUCUGCUGAUGUCGAUAUGGGUACGUCAGUUGAGCAAUUGGCAUCAGCAUCAUGAUCGAGGGCUUCUCUCUGUGCUGAUGCCCAGAUGAGGGUUCAAACUGUUCAUGCAUGAAAGGUUAAUGUAUGUUAUGUAAAUUUGUCCAUAAUUAAUAUUGUCCAAUGAUUCGAUGCGUUUUGAAUCGCUUCCCACCAC